AUGCUGGUGCAAGACUUCCGUGAGCUGCGCGCUGCUGUCGAGAACAUGGGACUUCUGAAGCCAAACCAGCUCUUCUUCUUCCUGCACCUGGCUCACAUCCUCCUGUUGGAUGCUGCUGCUUGGCUCAUUCUCUUCUACUUUGGGACAUCCAUCAUGCCCUUUAUUGUCUCUCUGGUGGUGCUGACCAUUUCCCAGCUUGGGAUCAAAAAGACAAAAUACAUGCCAUACAACCACCAGCACAAAUACUUCUUCAUCACUCUUCCUCCGCUCCUGUUUCCCACCUACUUCAACUACCACACGUUUUACAUUGCCUACACCAAAAGGUAUUGGGUGGACUUGGCCUGGAUGCUGACCUUCUAUAUCAGAUUCUGUUUGAUGUAUGGAUCAUUAUUAGAAAUAAAGAGUCUCCUGGCAUAUUAUUUUAUAUUCAGGAUGCUGGGGAGCAGCUGGUUUGUCUGGGUUUCCCAGAUGAACCAUAUCCCCAUGGAUAUUUACUAUGACAAGAAUUUGGACUGGGUGUCUACUCAGCUCCAGGCAACAUGCAACGUUGAGCAGUCUCUGUUCAAUGACUGGUUCACGGGGCACCUGAACUUCCAGAUUGAACAUCAGUGAGUAUGCACCCUGAGAGAGAAUUUGCUUCCUUUUUAAAAGAUUGUUUCCUUUUUUUUUUU